AUGGGCUCCUCGAGGGCACCCCGGAUGGGGCAUGUGGGAGGGCGAAGGAUGAUGGCACUGCUGCUGGCUGGUCUCCUCCUGCCAGGGACCUUGGCAAAGAGCAUCGGGACCUUCUCAGACCCUUGUAAGGAUCCCACACGUAUCACCUCCCCCAAUGACCCCUGUCUCGUGGGGAAGGGUGACUCCAGUAGCUUCAGUAGCCACAGUGGCUCCAGCAGUUCCAGCAGUUCCGUUUCCAGUUCCAGCUCCAGUGGUGGCUCCAGCAGUGGCUCCAGCAGUGGCUCCAGCGGAUCCAGUGUUGCCCAGGGUGGUUCCUCGGGAUCUUUGUUAUUUAAACCAGGAACCGGGUAUUCCCAGAUCAGCCACUCUUCUGGGUCUGGCUCUGGUCUGCUCAGUGCAUCCAGCUCCUCCCAGUCGGGCAGCAGCUCCCACUCGGGGUCCGGCCCAGCUCUACCAACCAAUGAUGGUUCUUCCCGCUUCGUAAUAAGCUCUUCGCAGUCUGGAGGAGGCUCAAGCUCUUCUGUCUCCCAAACUUCCUGGAUGUCCAGCAGUGGUGGCCAAAGGGUCAACUCUAACUUACAUCCCUGUAGUUCUGACAUCCCCGACUCUCCUUGCAGUGGGGGGCCUAUCGUCUCACACUCUGGUUCCUACAUCUCCAACUCUCACUCUGUGUCAGGGGGUCAAAGGCCAGUGGUGGUGGUGGUGGAGCAGCAUGGCUCUGGUGGCCCCGGGGUGGUUCAAGGUGCCCCCUGUAGCAAUGGUGGCCUUUCAGGCAAGCCCUGCCCGCCCAUCACCUCUGUAGACAAAUCCUAUGGUGGCUAUGAGGUAGUGGGUGGCUCCUCGGACAGUUAUCUAGUUCCAGGCAUGACCUACAGUGGGGGCAAAAUCUACCCUGUGGGAUACUUCACCAAAGAUAACCCUGUCAAAGGCUCUCCAGGGGUGCCCUCGUUUGCAGCUGGGCCCCCCAUCUCUGAGGGCAAAUACUUCUCCAGCAAUCCCAUCAUCCCCAGCCACAGCUCUUCCAGUUCCAACAUCUACCAGUCGGGAGCUUCUUCAGCCAUCGUGUUCCAGCCAGUGGGCUCUGGUGGGGUUCAGCUCUGUGGAGUUGGCUCUAAGGGGCCCUGUUCCCACUCUGGUUCUGGCAUCCACAGCAGUUCUAGUGUUUCUAGCAGCUCUGGUUCAUCCUACCAUCCCUGUGGCAGUGUUUCCCAAGGGCCCUGCUCCCCACCAGGCACUGGCUCUUUCAGCGGCAGCUCCAGCUCUCAAUCAAGCGGCAAAAUCAUUCUUCAGCCCUGUGGCAGCAAGUCCAGCUCUUCUGGUCACCCUUGCAUUUCUGUGUCUUCCUCAACGUUGAGUGGAGGUCCUGAUGGCUCUCCACACCCUGAUCCCUCAGCUGGUGCCAAGCCCUGUGGCAGUUCUGGAAAGAUGCCCUGCCGCUCCAUCCGGGACAUCCUGGCUAGAGUGAAGCCUCUGGGGCCCCAGUUGGCUGACCCUGAAGUUUUCCUACCCCACGGAGAGUUACUUGACAGUCCAUAA